GUGGCUCCGCCCACUCCGGCUGGGGCUGUAACGGUGGCUGCGUCCUACUCCUUCGCUCGGCCCUGGCCCCCUGCUCUCGCUCCGCUGCGGUCUGACCCGCGACUAAUUGUGCGGCGGCGGAUGAGCCUCCCGGAAAGGUGCGGGAGUUGGUAAGGCACGCUGGGCCUGGGUCGAGGAGCCUGUGGUCCAAGAGGGGGCCGGAGCCGGCCGUGCCACGAGCCACGCGGGGGUCUCUGGUCCAGAAGAGCUGGAGGGGGAACACGAGGGGUACUUGGGUGACUGACUUUACAGUCUGUUCCUUAAGAUGUUUGGCUCUUCACGUGGGGGUGUUCGAGGUGGACAAGACCAAUUCAACUGGGAAGAUGUGAAGACAGAUAAACAGAGGGAGAACUACCUGGGGAACUCCCUGAUGGCUCCUGUGGGCAGGUGGCAGAAGGGCCGUGACCUCACCUGGUAUGCCAAAGGCAAGAAAGGCGACGUGGCCCUGAGCCGAGAAGAGGAACUAGCUGCUGUGCGCCAGGCUGAGCAAGAGGCCCUCCUGGCUGCUUUAGGCUACAAGAGUGUGAGGAAGCAGCCCACAGGACUGAGCAAAGAGGACUUUGUGGAAAUCUGCAAGCGGGAAGGGACUGAUCGUGAGGAGAAGGAUGUGGACCAGCUGUCAGGCCUGGGGAGCUCCAGUGGUUCUGCCGGCCGGGUGAUGCUCUCCAAAGAAGACAGAGAAGCCGCCAAGCUGGGGCUGUCUGUGUUUACGCAUCACAAGGUGGAGAGCAGUGCCACAGCGAUGCCAUCAGCCCCUCCCAUGGGCAAGCGGAAAACAGACACGAGGCCUGAGAGCCACAAGAAAGUCAAAAAAGAGAAGAAGAAGAAGAAGAAGAAGAAGAAACACAAGAAAGAGAAGAAGAAAGAGAAACAUUCUAAGAGGCGCUUCGCAUUAUCGUCCCCCUCCGCUUCCCCAGACAGGCACAGAGCCCCCCAAUACCGUGCCUCACCUUCCCCUUCCUCCCGGUCCCACCCACCCGGGAGCAGGCACGAUGCGGACUCUUUGGACAGUGGUCGCUCCUCCCCCAGCCACAAGAGAAGAAACCGGAGCCCUGAGGUUCAGCCCCAGCACAAGAGGCAGCGGCAUGACUCAGAUGACUGAACCUCGGCCUGGAAAGCAGAUGGUAUACCCAGGGACCCCUCCCUCCCCCCAGUCCUAGAGUCCUGUGAGCUCAUUCCUCUGGGCUGAAAGGCCAUAGCCCUCACACCUGCUUCCGGAGGAGCCCGAGCUCUCCAAUGCUGCUGGAGUGAUGGGCUUCCUUGUCCACUGAGGGGCAGGGCAGAGACACUGGGUCCUUCCCUCAGUGGGGCUGUUUGAAGGGAUGCUACCUCCUACCCUGCCCCUGCCCCCGACCCUCCUCCCAGUAAAGCUUCUUUCUGCCUGCUUCCUUGCUUCUCAGGGAGUUUUACGCCCAGGUGGAGUGAAGAGCAGACGUCUGGGCCUGGGCUCCUUUGUCCCAGAUCUAUCCCCCUCAGAUGACUUCAGCUGAGUUCACAGGAAGGAAAGCAGCACAUUCCUUACUUAGCAAAAAAAA